CCGCCCCGGCAACCGGGAGCGCGCUGAUAAGCGCCAGAACGAAAAAACAGGCGGGCGAGCACGCGCAGGCUGGGCCCGGUCCGUCGGUCUCUGCCUGCUUCACGCCGUCAGCUAUGGCGGCUGCAAUGGCGGCGUCGCAGCGGGACCCUGCCGGGGACUGGCAGGACUUCUCCGGUUUCCAGCCGCCAGCUACGGAGGUCGAGCGUCCGAAGCCCUCGGCGACUCCUGCUGGAGAGGAGGGCCCUUGGGACGAUGGAGAUGGCGGCGACUUGAGGACGAGGCUUCCGCUUUGCUUCCAGCCUCGGGCCCCUCGGAACUGUGAGGGUGGAGAAGCUCAUCUGCCGCUGCGGCCCCUGAGCGAGCAGAGCGCCUUGCAGGAGGACGAGAUCUGGAAUGCUCUGACUGAUAAUUAUGGUAAUGUAAUGCCAGUCGACUGGAAGUCUUCCCAUACCAGAUCACUGCACCUGCCAACCCUGAAUCUUUCUGAAAAGGAGGUUAAUGACAAUUUGAACCUUGAUUUAUCAGAUGAUGAAGAGCUGAGAGAACAGCUGGAUAUGCAUUCUAUCAUUGUUUCCUGCAUCAGUGAAGAACCAAUCUUCACAGCUGAGCAGGUGAUUGAAGAAAUAGAAGAAAUGAUGCAGGAAUCUCCAGAUCCAGAUGAUGAUAAAACACCAACCCAGUCAGACCAUCUACCCUUACUCUCCCAAGAUAUUCAGAUGCUUAAGAGGUCCAGCACAAAUCACAACUACAAAGAGGGAGUAAAAAAGCUAUCUGUGACUGAGUUAAAUGACCUGUUAGAAGAGAUUGAGACAGCUAUCAAGGACUUUUCUGAAGAACUAGUACAGCAGUUGGCACUACGAGAUGAGCUGGAAUUUGAGAAGGAAGUGAAGAAUAGCUUCAUAUCAGUCCUUAUUGAAGUACAAAACAAACAAAGAGAACAAAAGGAAAUGGCAAAGAAGAAGAAAAAGCUGAAAAAUGGCAGUCCUCAGAAUGGCAAACGAGAGAGAAGUCAUAUGCCUGGAACACGCUUCAGCAUGGAAGGAAUCUCAAAUGUCAUUCAGAAUGGCUUCCGUCAAACGUUUGGAAACUCGGGUGGAGAAAAACAGUACUUGACAACAGUUAUUCCUUAUGAGAAGAAAAGCAGACCUCCAUCCAUUGAAGAUCUCCAAACACUAACAAAAAUUCUUCAUGCCAUGAAAGAAGACAGUGAGAAAGUGCCAAGCUUAUUAACAGACUAUAUCUUGAAGGCAUUGGUUUGAAAGCUGGAUUACACUGAGUUCUGUGCCCUACAUGAAGAGUGCCGUUUAGGAGGAAAGACAACCACACUAAUUCCUAUGAAAAGGAUUGUUUAAAACCUUUCCGUUUAGCUGGCACUGUGUUGACUUCUAAUGUAUAUACUACUUUCAUUGCCUGCUUGGACUUUUGGACGAUGGACUAAGUUCUUGGGAGCAUGUAGAACUCCUCUGUUAGCUUUUCCCCUCCACUUAACCAUGAAGUAUUCAGAUGAAGAACAGAGACUGUACAGUUGUACUUACAAACAUUGUUUUGGCCUUUUCAGUACUAUUUUUUACAAUAUGUGGCAUGUAAUUCUUUCCACAGCUGUCUGCUUGGGUGGUGGAAAAAUAAACUUUUUGUGUAAAUAACAGAAGCCGAUCAAGUUUAACUAACUGAACUACAACCAAAACGGUAAUGGGUUGUUGUGUGAAGACUGCAACAUGAGUUAGAAGCUGAAGCUGUACUGCAAAAAUUCCAUGGAAGUUCUUCACUGGGCAUUUCAGUAUGGGAACUAGCACUGAGCUUUGGGUUUAUUUUUUUUUUAAAAAAUCUCCAGCAUUAAUGAAAUAGUACAAACAGUAUUGUCGUGUGUUUACUGAUUCCCAUGAAUUUUUCAACUUUCUUUAGAAGUACAAAGUUGUGUAGAGCAUUUGUAUCCAUUACUUUUGGCUUGCUUAGCAAAUUAUUGACUGGGAAGUUGCCUUGCACAAGUCCAACUGAGAUGAUUGGAACAGGAGAACUUUUUGAUGGAUUUCCCUCCAAACCCCUGUCUCAUCACCUCCAUCUCCUAAACUUUAUUUAAAAGUAAUUUAGUUGAAUGUGGAUAUCUUGUUGCUAUUGUGCUUUUUUAGCCUACAUGUUAAAUAAAUGCUUGGUCACAGUAUAACAUUAUAUAUGCGAUAGUAUGUUAAUGAAUACUUUUUAAUGA